UAAGGAAUCGAUCUUAAUCUACAUAUAUACUAUUUAACUAUUAACAUUAGAGAAAAGAUAUAGGAAACCAAAGAAAAAAACGUUCCGAUCGCAGGGCCCAAAAGAAAAAAAGAAGAAGCAGCCAAUGACCGCUCGGUAGCAUCGAAGAACGUAUUAAAUGCAAGAUCUUCUCCGUAGAGCCAACCACUCGACCCUAGAAGUUUCCUUUUUUUUCUAGUACCAACAAGUCAACAACAACCCCUCAACCCUAAAAGUUUCCUUUUCUCUCUCUCGUUUUGCAACAUCACAAAGAAAGUAAAUAUUGAGAGGUCACCGACUUGAAGUCUUGAACCCUAACUCUAUAAAUAAAAACUAUAAGUUCCAAUUCUCUUCACCAAAAUUGCCAUUCAAUUGUUCUCUCGCUGCAGCUUCAGUUUUCUCGAGUGUCGCACAAUUUCGUGAAAGGUUCUAAUUAGCUCGUUAAUUUCGAAUUUGAAGAACACAACUCUGUUGUAUUGAAAAGAUGGAACCAAACGAAGAAUUCGUGAAGGUUUUAGGUAAAGGUGCUUAUAGCUAUGUUGAUCUCGUCAAGUACACAAGAACCGACGGCUCUUCGUUUCACGCCGCCGUUAAGAGCUGGAACGAAGAAGACUCUCUCCGUAAAGAGAUUAAGAUUCUUUCCGAACUCAGAAGAUGUCCGAGAAUCGUGCAAUUCUUUGGUGAAGAUUUGGAACAAGGUUUCGACUGUGAAGGAAACAAGGUCUACAAGUUGCUUCUUGAAUACGCAUCCGUAGGGAGUUUAAGAGCUUUCAUGGACACAUUCAAAGAUAGAAAAUUACCAGACUUGAUGAUCAGAGACUUCACGCGGAUGAUUCUCGAAGGCUUGGUAUCGAUUCACGGACACGGUUAUGUUCAUUGUGAUCUGAAGCCAGAUAAUCUCCUUGUCUUCCCUAGUGGAGAUUCUUACGAGUUGAAGAUUUCUGAUUUUGGACUCUCAUUAGAAGUCGGAAAAGUUCCUAACCACUGGAAACCCUAUUGGCCGUUUGUUGGAACGCCUUAUUACAUGCCGCCAGAGUCUCUACGCGAUGGUGCUGCCAAGAAAACCAUAGAUCUGUGGUCAUUAGGGUGUUUAGUGUUGGAGAUGUAUAUGGGUAAGAUGCCAUGGCCAUGGGUUGUAUACGCUGAUCUUGUGCAUAUGCUCUUGAAUGGUAAUGCUCCAGAGAUUCCAGAGAGUUUGCCUUACGAUGCAAGGGAGUUUAUUCAAACGUGUUUCGCAAGGAAUCCUGAGGAUAGGGGUAGCGCCUUUGAGCUACUGUCGUAUCAGUUUUUGCAUCCAGAAGAGACGUUCGAUUUCGUCUUCGUUACGGCUGAAGGUGAAGUUGAAAAUCAACCGACAGAACAAAUAUGGAAAUUGAAGAGUUUUCCAUCUAAGCCUCUACAGUUUAAGAAAAUCCUGAAUAAGUUCUUGAGGUUGCAUAGUGUCUUCUGAAACUAUAUGUGCUUAAUUUUUACUUCGUUACUUUUGUAAUCAGAUCAAGCUACUACAUUAUGAUGCAAAUAUAGAUAUCUGUCUCUG